AUGUUCAGCUUCGAGGGCGAUUUCAAGACAAGACCCAAAGUGUCACUCGGGGGAGCAAGUAAAAAGGAAGCUAAAGCAUCUCUGCUGCAUCGUACACAAGAAGAAAGAAGAAAAAGAGAGGAUGAUAGGAAACGACUGAAGAAUGCCAUCAUCAUUCAGUCCUAUGUCCGCGGCUAUCAAGAUUUGAAACGACAGUAUGCCAUCCAGAGAGCAACUUUUGAUGAGUGUGCCAGCCAGACACAGCACACUUUGGAAGCGCCCACGCUCAGUCUCUUAUGCAGGCAGCUUAUCUUUUUCUACAGACAGAACGUGGAUGCACAUAGAUUGAUAUGGCUGUGCCAGAACCUGGUGAAACACAACUGUCAAUUCGUCAAGCUGCUAGUGGGUCCGCACAGACAGACGUGUAUAUUUCAGAUCAAGAGAAUACUGGGUUUCUGCUGCAGACUAUUACAGAACUGCAGUGAUGACAGCUUAAAUGUGGCCGUUCCCAUGCGAAUGUUGGAAAUUUUCUCUUCAGAGAGAAUCUACCUGCCCGUGUUGGCCGACACCAACCAUGUGGCGUCAACGGUCGAGCAGAUUUUGCACUAUAUGGUCCAGACAGGAUACUACAGGUCGCUGUACAUUUUGGUGAAUCACCGCCUCCCUCCCAGUCUGGAGUACACAGACUCCCCUUCAAUUCCCCUGGCAAGCACACUAUUGGAGCACAUCCUCAAACCUCUGCACUUUAGCUACUCCUCCUGCACAGCGGAUGCAAGGCAUUUUGUCUUUGCCGCCUUUACUGAGGAGUUCAUUUCAGCGCCGUUCACCGAGCAGAUCUUUCACUUUUUCAUCCCGGCCCUCUCGGACCCUCGGCUUGCAUUCCCUUUCGAGGCCUUCCUCAGCUCCCUCCAGGGCACUGUCACAUCGUCCCCUGUCGCCCAGAGCCGCGCGCCCUGGAUAUUUUACUUUGUCCUCUCUGCAGGAGAGAACUGUUUAGGUUCACUAUCUGAGGAAGGCCUGCUUCUGUAUUUAAGCGCCCUUCAGACACUGUUGCCUCUGUUGCCGGUGACCGAGAGCUGCAGCCGGCCAGAGGUGGGCAGCGACUCUGAAGACGAAGACGACGCCGACAUCCACCCACCGCCUAUGAAGGAUGACAGUCGAAUCUCCGUGCAGCUGAUCACCGAUGAAUGCGUGCGCAAGCUGGACACCAAACAGCAGACUAACACGCUGCUCAACUUGGUGUGGAGGGACUCUGCCAGCGAGGAGGUCUUCACCAUGAUGGCUUCCAUUUGUCAUACGCUCAUGGUGCAGCAUCGUCUCCUGGUUCCCAAAGUCAGACUUCUGUACAGUUUAGCCUUCAAUGCACGUUUCCUGCGGCAUCUGUGGCACCUGAUCACCUCCAUGACCACUAAAAUGAUCACCGGCUCCAUGGUUCCGCUGCUGCAGCUGAUCUCCAGAGGUUCGCCCAUGUCCUAUGAAGACUCCAACCGAAUCAUUCCGCUCUUCUACCUCUUCAGCUCCCUCUUCAGCCACUCGCUUAUCUCCGUGCACGAUAGCGAAUUUUUUGGUCACGAAAUGGAAGGUCAGACGCAGUCGUCCAUGAUGCCUUUCACCCUGUCGGAGCUGGUGACUCUGUCCCGCUGCCUGAGGGAUGCGUGCCUCGGCAUCAUCAAGCUGGCCUACCCGGAGACCAAGACGGAGCACCGAGAGGAAUACAUGGCGGCCUUCCGCAGCGUUGGUGUCAAGACCAACACCGAGGUGCAGCAACGCAUCCAGGCUGAGCAGAAACGCUGGGUGCAACUGUUUAAGGUCAUCACGAACUUGGUGAAGAUGUUGAAAGCGCGUGACAUCCGACGACCCUUCUGUCCGUCGGGUCACUGGCUUUCUCAGGAGGUCAACAUCCGAGCCGAUAAGGUUACUCAGCUCUACGUGCCGUCUGCCCGGCAUGUGUGGCGAACGCGAAGGAUGGGCCGCAUCGGACCCCUUCAGUCAACACUAGAUGUGGGCUCGGAGCCUCCUCAGUUGUCUGUGUCAGAGGAGAGACAUCUAGCCAUCCUAACCGAACUCCCUUUUGUUGUUCCCUUCGAAGAGCGAGUCAAGAUAUUCCAAAGGUUAAUCUAUGCGGACAAGCGGGAUGUACAGGGAGACGGGCCCUUCUCCAAUGGCAUCGUUGUCACCAUCCGACGUAAUUACAUUUACGAAGACGCUUAUGACAAGCUCUCUCCAGAAAAUGAGCCGGAUUUAAAAAAAAGGAUUCGAGUUCACCUACUGAACGCCCACGGUUUGGACGAGGCGGGUAUUGACGGAGGCGGAAUCUUUCGUGAGUUCCUCAACGAACUUCUCAAGUCGGGCUUCAACCCCAACCAGGGUGUCUUCAAGACCACGAACGAGGGGCUAUUGUACCCCAACCCGGCUGCUGAGACGCUGGUGGGGGACUCCUUUGCGCGCCACUACUACUUCCUCGGCAGGAUCCUUGGGAAGGCUCUAUAUGAAAACAUGCUCGUGGAGUUGCCCUUUGCCAGUUUCUUCCUGUCCAAGCUGCUGGGCACCAGUGCUGACGUGGACAUCCACCACUUGGCCUCACUGGACCCAGAAAUGUACCGGAACCUUCUCUUCCUCAAGAGCUACGAGGGCGACGUGGAGGAGCUGGGCCUCAACUUCACAGUGGUCAACAAUGAUUUGGGAGAAGCUCAGGUAGUGGAGCUGAAGCCAGGCGGGAAGGACAUACCCGUCACCACGGCCAACCGUAUAGCGUACAUCCACCUGGUGGCCGACUACAGGCUCAACAAGCAGAUCCGGCCCCACUGCCUGGCAUUCAGGCAGGGGAUCGCCAAUGUGGUCAACUUGGAGUGGCUACGCAUGUUUGACCAGCAGGAGAUUCAGGUGCUGAUAUCCGGUGCUCAUGUUCCAAUUUGUCUUGAUGACCUGAAAAAGUUCACAAACUACUCAGGUGGCUACACGGCCACGCACCCCGUCAUCCAGAUCUUCUGGGAGGUGGUUGAAGGUUUCACAGACGAGGAAAAGCGCAAGCUGCUCAAAUUCGUCACCAGCUGCUCUAGACCUCCUCUACUUGGCUUCAAGGAGCUGUAUCCGGCGUUCUGCGUUCACAACGGCGGCACAGACCUGGACCGGCUUCCCACGGCCAGCACCUGCAUGAACCUACUGAAGCUGCCCGAGUUCUACAGCCAGCAUCAGAUGCGGAACAAGCUGCUCUAUGCCAUCGAGUCGUCGUCCGGCUUCGAGCUGAGCUGA